UCCUCCUCACUUUCAAGUUCAAAGUGGCUUUGUGUAAGCAGCAGCACUUUCACAGCCAGACAGUGAAAAUAGACUGUCAAUGAGACUUGAAGAAUGAGAGCAACGUGAGCCUCUGAAUAAGCAGAGAAUUGUUACAGUAGACAUCAGUAUACAUGGUAAGGGAAAUGUGCAUGUUGCUUGACAUGACUGCUGCCGUAUUAUCAUCUGCUGCAAAAAGACAUUGUACAAAUGGGUCUUGCCCUUGUUCAGACGGUUACCCUUCUCUGCAGAAAACCUACAGGACACAUCAGUUUCAUGGAUAAUCAAAGACAUUAUUUUCUCUGGGAUGCAAAGAAUAUUUUACUUUUAAUUGUAGUUAUUAGUCUUAUAGAGCUUGGCAUAUGCUGUCCAAAGGAGUGUACUUGUGAACACCUUUUAGUGAACUGCACUGACAGACAGCUUGAAGUAUUCCCCACUGGAAUCCCAAUGGAUACCAGACAGCUGAUCCUAACGCAUAACAAUCUAACGUAUCUGCCAUCAGUGGAUCUCAAUCUUCUGAUUGAUCUAGUGUAUCUGGACUGCAGCCACAAUAUUCUGGGAAAUUCCUUGGAAGCCACCUUUAUUGCUAUGUCAUUGGUUUAUCUGGACCUGAGUCACAAUAAUAUCACCAAGAUCACUUCUGCCACUUUCUACCUUUUGACAAGUUUAGUUGUUUUGAAGUUAUCAGACAAUCCUAACUUGGAGGAGAUUGAGAAGGAUGCAUUUGCCAACAAUACAGGCCUUCGGCAGCUGGAUCUCAGUCGCACAGCACUGACCUAUCUGGAUGUCACUACAGUUAGUGAAUUGCCGAGUCUACGAACACUAGGCCUUAGCUCAAACCCCUGGGACUGUUACUGCCCUUUGAAGGAAUUCCUUAAGUGGGUAAUGGAGAGUGAUAUUUACUUUACAGGUGAGAAGGUGAAUAAGGUGAACAUGUGA